GGCGCGCGACGGCUGACCGCCCAGGCAGUCAGCUCCGGAUCGCAGGGGUCUGCGAGGCCGGGCCGGGUGGGACGUGUGCAGCCAGGGCAGAUCGGUGGGCUUCGUGAGCCCCCGCCCCGCAGCCGCCCGCGAUGAGCGAGGCCAGUCGGGUGUGCUCCGGUUACUACAGCCUCAACCACAGCUUCGUGGAGCCCUUCCAGUGCCCCCGGCGCGGCGAGGGGGCCACCCUCCUCUACUGCUGCGGCUUCGCCGACCUCAAGUACUGCUGCAGCGAGCCGGGCAGCUACUUCCCCUACAAGCACAGCUACAUGUGGAGCCUCAGCAUUGGUGCCCUGAUUGGAUUGGGAAUUGCUGCCCUUGUUUUACUUGCGUUUGUCAUCAGCAUCUGUGUUCUUUGCUACUUAUUUCUGUAUACAAAGCCUCAAAGAUUAGACACUGGCCUUAAACUUCAACACCUAGAGGCUGUUUCCACUCAAGAAGGCAACUCAAAUAGAAAAAGCAAAGCCCCCCGUUCAAAUGCAGCAUCAAAUUCAACAAAUGAAACGUUCUAUGAGGCUGAUGAUAUGAUUCAAGAAAAAACAAUGGAUACGACACAGAUCAACACUGCUUAUUGUUAA